AUGUCUUCGCAAUUGCCCGGUCGCCAGUCCCCAGAACCAUCCAAUUUGACCGGUGCCCAACAGCACGACGUCCCAGGCAGUGGCAAGAUAGGCUCCACAAUGGGCAACGCACGACCAGCACCGGAAUUUUCCCAGGACAAGUCAGAGCAGCAGAAGCGGAGCAGCUUGGAAAGCAACCCCGAACACCCAUUGGAGAAAAUUGAGGCUGCGAAGUAUGCGAAAUAG